ACUAAAAUGAGGAGCGGCUUUUGGAAAGACGUUGUAUGAUUAUUCUUUGAACACACACAGUUCCUGCAGCAGGAUACAUGUUUUCAUGUAGUUCUUUAUUAAACAUAGUCAACAUGAAGACAACAUGGCUGCCUUCCUCUCUGCUGCUGAUCACACUGAUGAGCUGUGUGUCUCUUCAGGAGAGCAGGAAGCCCAACUUUGUCCUGAUCAUGGUGGAUGACCUGGGGAUUGGAGACCUGGGCUGCUAUGGCAACACGACUCUGAGGACCCCCAAUAUAGACCAGCUGGCAGAGGAGGGGGUGAAGCUGACCCACCACAUCGCCGCAGCGAGCCUCUGCACCCCCAGCAGGGCGGCGUUCCUCACCGGACGAUACCCGAUACGAUCAGGUGUCGCUGGUUAUCAAAGGCCUGGUGUCUUUUUGUUUAACGCAGCCUCCGGAGGUCUUCCCAGCCAAGAGGUCACCUUUGCUACUGUUGUAAAACAGCAGGGCUAUGAGACAGCUCUUAUCGGAAAAUGGCACCUGGGCCUUAACUGUAAGAGCCGUGGCGAUCACUGCCACCACCCCAGCAUCCACGGCUUUAACUACUUCUUCGGGAUCCCCGUGACCAACCUGCGAGACUGCCAGCCUGGACAUGGCACUGUUUUCCAGAUCCAUAAGUAUUUACCGUACAGGACUCUGGUCAUUGUCCUGGUCACUGCCGCCUCGCUCCACUACCUGGGCCUCAUCGUCAUACGCAGAGGGCUGAUCCUGGGUCUGCUGUCUCUGCUGGCCGUGCUCACAGGGCUGAUAGCAGGAUUCAUCAUGAUGAUGCCGUACCUCAACUGUGUCCUCAUGAGGAACCACAGAGUCGUGGAGCAGCCGUUCACAUCUGAAAACCUGACACAGAGGAUGACUCAUGAGGCGGUGGACUUCAUGGAGAGGAACUCCGCCGGGCCUUUCCUACUCUUUUUCUCCUUCAUCCAAGUGCACACAGCCAUGUUUGCCUCAGCAGCGUUCAGAGGAACGAGCCGCCACGGCCUCUAUGGGGACGCGGUCCAUGAGGUGGACUGGAGCGUAGGUCAGAUCAUGCAGACUCUGGACAGACUGAAGCUGACAGAAACCACUCUGGUUUACCUGACCUCAGACCAGGGGGCUCACGUGGAGGAGAUCUCUGCCACGGGGGAGGUCAACAGAGGAUGGAAUGGAAUAUAUAAAGCAGGGAAGUCCACAAAUUGGGAAGGAGGGAUCCGGGUCCCGGGAAUCCUGCGCUGGCCGGGUAACAUCCCCCGCGGCAGAGAGGUCCACGAGCCCACCAGCAACAUGGACCUGUUUCCUACGGUGGUGCAGCUGAGCGGAGUCCCAGUCCCAGAGGACCGGGCGAUAGAUGGUCAUGACCUCAUGGAUCUGAUUCAGGGGAGAGUCGAAAGGUCCACCCACGAAUUUCUGUUUCAUUAUUGCAACAUCCACUUGAACGCAGUCCGAUGGCAUCCCCAAAACAGUAGCUCAGUGUGGAAAGCCUUCUACUUCACACCAAACUUCUACCCGGAGAACGAGACGGCGUGCUUCCACACACAUACCUGCUUCUGCUCAGCAGACUACGUCACCUACCACGAUCCUCCACUGCUCUUCGACCUCACCAGGGACCCGUCAGAGACCACGCCGCUGACCCCCGACACCGAGCCGGCCUUCCACUCCGUCCUGGCGGUGAUGGACGAGGCUGUGGAGACGCAUCGGAGGUCGGUGAAGCCUGUGGAGAGCCAGAUGUCCACAUGGAACCUGGUGUGGAAGCCCUGGCUGCAGCCCUGCUGCUCCACCCUCACACAGCUCUGUCAGUGCCAGCAGGAUGGAGAGGGUGUAGUCGGGGACAAAACAGAGGAUCAUGUAAGCGGUUAACAGUGCAGACCAGAAAAACACUGUUGUUAGUCCAGGUCAUUCACCUGAAUCAUGGAGAUCCAUAUUGUUUUUGAAAAUCGCUGAAGUGACUUUUGUGUGAAUGAAAGUCUUUGACAUGUGAGAGAGAAGUGAGAUGGUUUGAUUCCCUGAAACCUGAGCGUAUAAAGUACGCUGACCUCUGCCUUACAGAACAACGCAUUACAGAUAACAUGACAGACUGUUUAAAGCCACCUUACUGAUAUGUUAUGGUCGCUAAACUAGCUAGCAUAAGCUAACUUCAUAGCAUUUCUAAACUCAGUUACCACAUUAAAAUGUAAACAAGUACAUUUUCAAAAGGACGGUUCACAUUUAAGGUGCUUAAUAUUUGAGUAUUUCUAUUUUCUGCUACUUCAUACUUAUACUCCACUACAUCUCAGAGGGAAAUAGUGUACUUUAUACUGCACUACUUUUAUGUUACUUUGUAAAAGUUGUAGAUUCAGAUUAACAAUACAAAUAAAUCAAUAAACAAAUUGUGAUGGGCUUUAUUGGUCUAUAUAUAUACAGCGGGUAAAAUAAGUAUUGAACACGUCAUUAUUU